AUGGGCGGUGACCCUUUAGCUGUCUCUUUGGAUCAGCCGGGCGCCGCACCGCCGCCGCCGCCGCCAGGGGAGGUGGAGGGACAGCAGCGGACGAAGGUAAACCGGUUGAGUGCGACCGCAGGGGAUGCGGAGGAGACGAGAAGGAUUCUGGUGGAGAAGAGGCGCAUGACGGCGCCGGUGGGGGGCGACUUUGCCCCAGAAGUCAAAACAGACAACGCUGCAUGGGGUGGAGACAUGGCGUCCUCACAGCGUGCGGCAUUUUUGGCAGGGGUAAGGGUCUUAGAUUCCACGUCGGUAGAGCGAACUGCGGCGGGGUCGUCGUUUGGGGGGGCGUCGGUGCCGAACUCCACUCGCGAGUCGUCAAGCAGUGAAGGUAGAGACCGCAACCUCCACAGGGAAAGCAAAGAACAUGAGAGUUGCAGGGUGAAUGGCAGAGGCGGGGACGGGGUCAUCGCUAACGUUGCGGCAGAGCGGGAGCGGCACAUCUGCCACGAGGAUGCCGACGAGAGCAACAACAGGAGCAUAAACACUGGUAACAGCCGCAACGGCAACAACGGUGGAGCCACGAGUGCCCCGCCGCUGUCCUCAUCCUCGCGGCAGUUGACACCGAUAGCCCCUUUACGCCUGAAUGGUGGUAAUGCCAGCGAUGCCAAUGAUAACAACACCAAUAGCUGUAAUGAAAAGCAUGUCGGAAGCGCGGCGGCGCAGGUUGCCCCCUCUGCCUAUUCGUUACUUAGCCCAAUGGGGCGGGGGAGUUCAUUGAGACAAUGCUCACGCUCACAGGGCGAGGCAUCGCAGUCGACGCGUCGCGUCAUCGGGGAAGACUCCCAACUGCCGGCGGCGUGUACCACGUCGCUUGAAAAUAGGUUUCUGACACAGCCGGGAGAGUACCAGUUGACGAUGCCUCAAGUCCUGACGGUGCUCCCACCCAAGCUGGAGCAGGAGGAGAAUAGUGCGCGGCAGGAACAUUCCACCCGGGCGUCCCUCACCACUCCGGUGCAGCGGCAGAGGACCGGGCUGGAGGCGUCCCUUUUAGAAGCACAGCAGGUGAAACGGGUCUAUCCGCUUCCCGCCGCUGUCUCUGUGGAGGGCACCGCGCCGCCGACUCGGUUGCUGGACUACGAGAGGGAUGAGGAUAUGGUCUCCACAAAUAGUCCAGCGGCAGUACGGGCCAACUCGUUUUUGAAUGUGGUGGCGGGGGGCCCACUGAUCUCCAGACCCCUGGACAGCGAUCAAUCGUUGCGACGGAGGCAGCCGACCUCCACGACAUCGGGGCAGCCGAUGGCAACUACCAGCGACGGUCAGAGUAGCUCGCCGCCGCUACGGCGAAUUGCCUCUAUCAAGGGUCUUCCUGCAUUGUUGCAGAAUGGCCCCAAGGAAGUUGCGGUUGACGCCUACGGAUUAGAGCCGCAAGGGCGGACCUUGUCACAAGGAGCAAUGCCGUCGGUGUCAGCGCCAGAUUCAUUCCCGCGGAGGGGUGGUCUGCCGCAAGACGGGGAUUUGCUGUUGCCGAGGAGCGCCAGUAAGGUUGUCGACCCUGCCAACAGCGAUAGCUUCCCAUGCGGAAGCCCAUUUCGUGAGAACGUUCUUGCCAAUGGAGCGCACGCCGUCCGCGCUUUUUCAGGAGGCCCAGAAGACUCUAUCGGCGCCAGCGUGACUAUAUCCCUUCACGAAAGCGGCACAGAGGACGAUGAGGCGCCGGAGGGAGGUCCAGAGGAACGGGGCAUGCGUGGUGGCAGACAAGAGCUCACGAGCGAGCAGCAGUGGCUGCAGGUGCCGGCCCUGUUUUGCCUUGUUUUCAAUCUCAUCAGGCUGCAUGAGGCGGGGGUGUAUCAAUUAGAGGGAGAACGGGAGCGGGAGGUGAAUGAGAUGCUGGAGGACCCACACACAACAGUAGCGCCGCAUCAAGCUUCUUUCUCGUCAUCGGACUCGCUGCAGCACGUCUACAGGCAACUGUCGCACACGUUUUAUGAGGUAAAUGGUGUCCUGCUGAACCCAUACCUCACCUCCUGGUCUGACGCCAAUCUUCGCAGGUCGGUGGUGCAGGUUGCGAGGGACUGGGAAGUGAGUGGACCACGCAGUCAAGAUUUUGGGGCGUCCUCCCUGCGUUUGCUGGACAUAGUCUCCACGGACCGCACCGGAAAAGUGACGCCGACGUUGCUGUGUCGCGUGUGGGGCUUCAUUGGCACGUAUCGCCUUUCGCCACGCUUCAUCUGUGGCAUGCUUGUGACCGCAUUUGCCCUGCUGGUGGUGCUGGGGUUUCUUGUCAGCCUCGGAAGCGACUACCUUGUCGCGCGCGUCGUGUUGACAGUGGUGAUGGCCCUCGCAGUGUUGGUCUUAGCGGGUGCGGGUGCGCUCUUGUUCAGCCACAACGCCGUGGCGGACAAGGUGCGGGAUUUUUACUUUUUAGGGAUGCUGAACGACGUGGCGUACGUGAUGCGCGACCUUGACGUCAACGUGGGCGAGUACGAGAACGAAGACGAGGACGAAGCCCUGAACUCUGUCGUGCAGCGCACGAGUGCCACGGUCUCUGCCACGCGAAUUUCGUGGCACGAGAGCCUUGCGCACGACGCAACCCCCCUGCAGCUCGGGGAAAACGCAGCGCAGGAGGAGUGCAGCAUCGCCAGCGGCGGCAUCGCGAGGCACCCUUCCUUUUUGGUGGCAGAAGCGGCAAGCAACACCAGCGUCCCCGAUCCUCGACGUUUGGCUUUCGCAGGAGGCGGUUUAGCGAGGGAGAACUACGGCGUUGGAGGAGGCGAUUCACCCGGAACCCAGUCGCUGGGCGACGGCAGGGGCGGGACGAGUCGACAUAACCAUCUGCGGCAGCCCCAGCAGGGGCAGCACGGCUGCUUGGACGGGGGCCAAUUAUCUGGGGAUCGACGCCACGACCUCCCCGCCCCACGGCCUGAGGAGGCGAUGAAGGAGAUGAUGGUGUGCAAAACCAUUGAUCUAGACGCCCAGGCGGCGCAACCCCCUGCCGUGAAAAACGCGGGGCCCUUUCCACUAGGCCUCAACAUGGCGACGCCACAACAGGCGUCGCCGUCGUCGGGGGGUGCGGCAUCCAUCACGCCUACGUCGUCAGCUUCCCCCGCCCAGCUGCCGCUCUCGCUGCGGGUGAUGCGGGAUGGUCUCACGAACAGGGGCCUCGACGAGGUUGCCAUCACCGCGCUGGUGUACUGCCGUAGCAACACCCUCACGGUGGACAUGUUUGACAUGCUGUGGAGUUGCAACUUCCUCAUCCUUCAGCGCAAUACACUUGAGGCACUGGACGCGGCCUUUCAUCACGGAUUGGGGCGGUUUAAGGUGUUCCUGCUGCACGUGCCGGACCUGGACGAGGCGCAGCUGCGCACUGCCCUUGCCUGGUCCCAGAGGGAGCGUCGCGCGGUCUUCUUCUUUGCCUCUUUACCCGGCGCAAUGCCGCCAGAGGUGCCCUACGCGUUUAGGCUCAAGCUUCCCCUCACGGCGCGGGAGGUGGAGACCAUCCAGCUCUCCGGCAUUGGCGUGGAUGAGGAGAUAAACAUCAGUAGCGUGCUCCGUUUACCCAGGCAGUUUAAGAUGCCGCAGUACACGCUGGGCCGCCGCCUCGGUGGUGGGGCGUUCGGGAACGUGUUUGAGGUUGAAAUGGAGUCGAUGGGCGCGUGCUGUGCCGUGAAGCGCAUGUAUCUGCGCGGGGAUCGCGAGAAGGGGGCACACGGAGACGAUAGCCAACUGAAGGAGAUUGCGCGGGAGGUGGAAAUCAUGAGUUCACUGAGUCACCCCAACAUUGUGCGAUACUUUUUCUGCGAGCGUGACGGCAACUGUGUCUCGAUCUUCAUGGAGCUGUGCAGUGGGGGGUCGCUGAGCGAACUUAUUGUCUCCGGCGGGCUACGUCGGGCGGAGGUGAUAAAGCGCGUGCUGCACGACAUCAUCUCCGCCGUGGCGUACCUGCACGACAAACAUAUUCUGCACCGUGAUCUCAAACCAGAGAAUGUGCUCUUCUGCGGUGGCUGCGCCAAGGUGAGCGACUUUGGCACGGCCGUCUUCAAGCACGGGGACUUGACAAACGUGAAAGGGACAGUUGCGUAUAUGGCACCGGAGGUGCUGCUGGGGGAGACGUACGACAAGGCCUGUGAUGUGUGGUCGUUUGGCUGCAUUGCCGCGGACGCCCUCUCGGUGCCGCUUGUCAACCGCGCGCUUGGGCUGCCUGAGAUGUGUGAGCUGUACCGACGCAUGCCCCUUGACGCGACGCUGGAAUUUGAUUGCGACGAGCCCACCGUGCGUGGGUUUCUGGAGCUAUGCCUGAAGCGUGAUCCAACGAAGCGGUCCUCCGUGCAGGAGCUUCUUAAACACCCGAUGCUAAAGGAGGACAACGCUGCAGUACAUCGCUGGCUUGUGACGUGCGCGGAGCGGCGGGGCGGGCACCAGGCAGACAGCAUGUUACACGGCUGCAGCGACGCCCAGGACGGGUUGCGGAUUGGCUCGGCGAGCGUCGUUUCGCUGCUCUCGGCAGAUGUGCUGGGCCCACGCUGUUCGUCGUAG